AUGAGCUCUUCAACACUUCCCAACCUGCUUACGGCCCUUGCCAUUCCUCAAGAAUUCUCCCGCUUUGACAAGCUCACAGAUGAACAAAUCCUUGCUCAACUCAUCAGGUGGAAAAACGGUGUCAGUACUAGCCUCACAAACCUUCGCGAUCUGCUUGCGACGCGACAUGGCAUCCAAAGCCUACCUGUCGACGAGCAGGCAGAUAUCGCUGCGUCCGUAGCUGUGUUUGAUAGUCCUGAUGAAUGGAUUGCAGAUGGCGUAUCGUCUCUCGCACUAUCCAUCCUCGGCCCGCUUACAGAACCAGACAUCCCUCCUCUGGUACUAACGCGUAUCUUGACGCAUCACAUCAAACCCGCUUUCGCCGCCAAUCCGCAUCCACGGCUCAAUUUGCAGACGGGGCGCAAGUUACCUCGACCAGCAGAUACGCAAGACGCAUAUGAAGGACAGGUAUGGAAGACGCGUAUCGGAACCGAAAAUGUUCUAGGGUGGUGUUUACGAAACAUCGAGGCCAGCACGUAUGAAUCAGUUUGGCACCUGAUUCUCCCUCCUGUGAUGACUUACCUCGAUGAUUUCGAAGCACCUUACAAACUGCGGGGAGUGCAGCUCGUAUCCGACUUGCUUUCUCGCGUUCCUCCAGAGCUUCUCAAGCGUACAGGAGUUGACGGCCUUUUAUUCACAUCUUUAAGCGGUACAUUUAAUCACUUGCGCGAUCCGUUCACCCCGGAUCUGAUUCGCGCCGCCGUUCCUACCACCCUGCACCUGAUUGACCUUACCUCACCGCCCUCACUGGCUCCGCUUCCCCCGACAUCUGGAUUUCCCUCCAAAAGCCGCACCAUGGUUAAGUCAGGGACCUCCCCCGCAAAUCCGGCCACUCGAUAUGAACAUCUAUCUACACUCCUCGGUUCCUGCCUUAUUGGCACUGUCUUCCUGUAUGCAUAUGCCGAUCCUGAGGCCAUCCUCGCGGCAACAGACAUGCUUCCGCUUGUACUCACCCACAUCGGAAUAGGCGCUGCCAGGUGGCUCAAGGCAUUAAUUCCGCAGUUGACCCAUGCUCUUCUCCCACCAGCUGUUCCUUCCCUCACCCGGCCGCUUGAUGUCGAUCUGAAGCUUAAGGUGUCUUCACUUCGCGCACUAUGUACUUGCAUUGAAACCUGUGCCCCCCGAAUGUAUCUGUGGAAAUGCAAUAUCAUUGAUGCAACUGGACGCGCAUGGGCAAGUGCCAUGGAUAUUGAAAAUACCCAACUUGCGGAUGAGACAGGUGCAAGUAGCCUGGAAUUGGAAUACAGAGCUCUUCUUCAAAUGACUUGUAUCAAGCUGGCAGCAGCAUGCCCAAGCAUCAUUCAGGAAGAAUAUCAACAACUCAUAACAUUUGAUUCUGCGCUCUUUGACGGUCUUGUUGGCAGCAGUUCUUCACCCACGUCAGACAAAUAA